AUGAAAAAGCUUGAUGAAGCACAUGAUCUUGAAAUCACAAAGAUCCUUGCAAAAGUAAUGCAAUGUAGCUACAAGAAGAAGCAAGUAAACGAGAUUAUCUCAAGAAUUAUGCAAAAAAUUGAAACGGUCAUUAAUUUGCAUGAUAACAAUCAAAGUAUCGAGUCUUUGAGGUCUGAGUUUGUAACUCUGAAGCAAGAAGCAUAUUCACUUAUGAAGCCAUAG